AUGUUUCAAACCCAACAAAACACGACGCGCGGUGCCCCGCUGGGCUCGAACCGUUUACAGAAUGGCAAACUGGGAGGUGCGUCUCAGUGGGGAGGUUUCGGGGCUCCGAUGGGCGGUGCACCGGGUCUUUCAAACGCACAAACACGAACAAACGGCGCAGCCAUGUCGAGCUUUGCACAGGCAAUGGGCGGCUCGCAACCUCAUACACCGCUCAAUCUCGAGGAGUUUCCUUCAUUGUCCGGCGCCCCUCAAGCACAGCAAAAUACGACCGCGCAGCAAAUGUGGGCGAAUCCGACCCUACGAACCACCCAGCAACAGACCAUCCAACGACCGCAAGGGCAGGGGCAGCAGCAAGGACAAACUGGCCAGACGCCGAAUCAGCAACUACAAAAUCAAUCGCAUGACGACUCAUCGCAAAGUCAAUUCUCAGGGGCCGGAGACGACUAUCGGUUCGGUGGACAAGGGGGUGUUGGACAGCUAGGUGGGGCUCAGCCGCAGACAGGCAACAUCGAGGAGUUUCCUCCAUUAGGUGGCGCUGCGGGAGAAAUUGGGCCGGAUCGAAGAGCAGGGCUGAUACAAAAUGCCGCAGCAUUCGGGAGUAGUCCAAAUGCAAGCGCUUUCCCUGGUUUAGGGCAGACGCGCAACGGCCUCCCAAGCCCCACAGACAGCCAACAAGACCGGGCGAUAAACCCUACCGUGGGUGGAAGAGGUCUACCAAGUGCAGUGUCGCGGACGCCUUUUGACAAUAUGCGAGCAACAUCAACGAAUCUGCAAGAGGGCAACCAGCGAAUAGGACAGACGCCCGGCAACCUGUCGUUCAUUGGUCCUCAAAUAGGCAUUCGGACCGGUGGUGACCUUGCACCAGGGGGUCAACGGUCUCAGCCGAACCAAUUCGAGCAGCCUUUCGGUUCCGAAAAUGUCACCUCACCGAGUACACAAACCUUGCUGCAUAAGAAACUUGCAGACAUGACAGAUUCGGAACGAUAUGGCCUGCCGGGACUGCUCUCUAUGAUACCUCUAGAGAGUCACGACUACUCAUCACUCGCAAUGGGCCAAGAUCUCACUGUAUUAGGGCUAGACCUGAGUCGGCCAGAUAACUCGCCGCUUCAUCCAACAUUUGGCUCGCCAUUUGUGGAGUCCAACGUCAAGCCUGUAAUCCCACCUGACUUCACUCUACCAGCAGGCUACACCGUGACAAAUGUUCCACCACUACACUCCAAGAUGACAAGCUUCUCCGCCGAGACGCUUCUAGCUAUCUUUUACCAAUUUCCGAGGGAUAUCCUGCAAGAAAUCGCGGCACAGGAGCUGUACAACCGGGAUUGGCGGUGGCAUAUCAAGCUCCAGCAGUGGAUGAUGAAGGACCCUGAUCUUCCGGCCCCAAUAAGGUUGUCGCCGAAAGAGGAGCGUGGAUGGUAUCUGUUCUUCGAUGUUACAAACUGGAGACGAGAGAGGGUACUCCAGCUAUGGCAGGCCAGAUGUAGGCCGCUGAAUGCCAUCAAGUUUUUAAUAUUAAGGGAAAUCAACGACGACGCUGACCGUGUCCGCCAGGCUCUGACAGUUCUCUCCGCCGCUGUCCGCGAGAUGACACCCACCGGCGCAAAGCCUGUGCCUACAAACCCACAUCGCUUCAACCUGCUUGCUCGCCACUUAAACGCCGGCUGUCGUAUCUGCAGCCUCCCUGGUCACCAAUCCGACAAUAUCAAGAAGGCUGCUACAUGCCGCACUGCCUUACUCUCCCUCAUUGGGUUCUGGGAAGACAUUGCUGCCGACGUGUCCUUCCUGUACCAGCAGUCCGAGCGCUUCCAGAAGGCUAUUGUGGCGAACCGGCCGACGUAUGAGAUGCGUCUUGACAACGGACCGUUGACGGGUGGUGAUCUAGAGGUCGUUCUUGUCGAUCGAUUGACGCGGAACUGGCUCAAAUUCCAGGCGCACUUUUCGCGGAUCCGGGCGAAGGCGAAUGUUGUGCUGGACGAGGGGGAUUUGGGGAGGUAUGAGCGGGUGUUGCAGAAUCUGAAUGGGUUCUUGCUUGGUGGGCUGACGUUGUCUGAUCUAUUCGAGCGCAGCGUUGCGAAGCAGCAGUAA